AUGGAAGAGGGCAAGACUGAAGAUGCCCACGGUAUUCUACGACUCAAUGUGCGAGGAUGUUUAUACACAGCCAGGCGUGAGUCUUUAUGCCGCUUUAAGGAUUCAAUGCUAGCUUCUAUGUUUAGUGGACGCUUUCCUCUAAAAGUGGAUGAAUCAGGAGCAUGUCUAAUUGAUCGAGAUGGAAGCUUGUUUAAAUAUCUUUUGGAUUUUCUUCAUGGAGAAGUUCGGAUUCCUGAAGAUGAACAAAUUCGAAUUGCACUGCAGGAGGAAGCAGAUUAUUUUGGCAUCCCUUAUCCAUACAGUCUGUCUGACCAUUUGGCUAAUGAAAUGGAGACGUAUUCUUUAAGGUCAAAUAUAGAACUUAAAAAGGCUUUGUUAGAUUUCUGCAAUUCUUACGAUUUAGUUUGUACCAAGCCUACAGUUUGGGUCCUGCACUAUCUCAACACUUCUGGAGCAAGCUGUGAAAGUAAAAUUAUUGGUGUGUAUGCCACAAGAGCUGAUGGGACUGAUGCAAUUAAUAAGGAGCUAGGAACAAAAAUUCAUAGUAAAAGCAUUUACAAAAGAGAAGCUGGAAAUAACAUCCAAUAUAUCUGGAGCUAUUACUCAGUAGCUGAAUUGAAAAAGAUGAUGGAUGCUUUCGAUGCCUGGGAAGGGAGAGGUGUCAGCUACUGGAGAGUGCCUCAGGAGCUGAUUGAAUGUUGGACUCUUGAAGAACGCCCUUUGAGAGGCAGUUUGCAUCAUAUGCCUCCAGUUCAUAAAAGACGAUUAAUUGACUUUACUGAGGAGGAAGACUAUCUACCAUGUAAAGCAGGUCCCAAGCCAAUUAGAUUCUCAGGCCCCUCAACGAGUACCCAUAUCAAAGUCAAGAAUUCAGCUGCAUUGAAGAUAGCUGCUUGCAGUGCUUCACGUUCUGCAGUGACUCUGAAACGACCCAGCAGUGAAAGUCUGACACUGCACAAACUAACUUCUGAAAGUGCACCCCCAACACACGCAUCGGUGCCCAGCAGUUCCCAGGUGCCCUGUGGAAGGCCGAGUGCUGACACUGGGCCACCAUGUCAAAUGUCGUUCAAGAUCGCAGUGUCUAGGAAGCCCGUAAGCAGCCGUGUAGUAAAGCUGAAGCGAACUCCACUUUUUCUUGUGACAGCAUCUCAGCCAUCUUCUUCUGUAUCCAGUAAAUCAAGUGAACAGGACAGUGCUGCUGUUGAAAUUCCUGCUACAUCUGUUGUACUAAACGAACCAGCUCUAUUAGCAGAGAAUACUAAGCUUAAGAAUGAUAAAGUGGAUGGAUAA